AUGAUGGCGUGGAGUUCCUCAAACAGUUUAUUGGAAGAUGAGCUUGAUGAUAAGAGUUACUGCGAUACGCAAAUGUUGGUGUUGAGUGGGAUUGAGUUGUUUACAUCCUUAACUGGAUGUUUAUUAUGUGUUUUGACGAUUGUUCUGUUGCGAAGAUUCAACGUUUUUCAUGUGAAUCUGCGGAAGUUGGUGGCUAAUGCAGCGUUGAUCGUGUUCUUCGGAAGUGUUUGCGCCACAAUUCGAGCUUGUAUUGCCAUUCACCAAUGUCUGAAUGGCUUCAAUCAAGUUGAUCACUCCACGAUCUCAAGCAAAAGUGACGGUCGUGAUAGCGACGAUAAUGCCGACAAAAUAGGUGAAUGUUAUUUACGCGACUCAAUAUCGCCCUCAAUCGCAAUCGCAUUAACUAUCAACGGCCUGUGGAUUGCAAUCGAACGUCUUUAUGCAACAGUCAAUUUCAAUGUGUACGAAUAUCAGGCAAUGGGAUACGUUCUAAAUGCCAUAUGCACAAUCACGGUACAUCAUCUCGCAGCUUUGCUACCAAUUAUUCUCGACUUAUUUGGUUUUUCACAUUCACUGAUGUUCAGCGAAGUUGGCCUAGCUUUUUCGUGUCCAAAUCUGAACGAUUCUGACUACUGGAAAGUGAAUAUCGUUUACUUAAUUGCGGCGUUUUGCGAGACUAUUUUCAUUGGUCUCUACUUAAUGGUAUACUAUGAAUUACGCAAUUUGGCUUAUCCUCUGUUUUCGAUCAUAUUUCCACUGAGUUACAUCUAUCGAUGUCCGAUAUUUUAUUCGAAAGCCCGACUGGUCGCAGUUGAGUUGCUAUUUCCACGUUCUGAAGGUAAACUGUUCAAUAUCGAAUUAUUUGAUCUGAAACUGGAAGCAUAA